AGGGCGUCGGCAUCGGCGGCGUCGCGCCUUUAACGGGGCGGGGGGGCCGGCAGACGCGGCGGACGUGCGGUGCCGCCUCCUCCCGCCCUCCCUUCUCUUCCUGCCCGCCAGCGCCGCGCAGGCACCGGCUCGCUGCCGCCGCUCCUCCGUCCCCUUCGUCCCGCUCCGCCCGGCCCGGCCCGCCUCGGCCCGCCGCGCCUGACGGUUUUUUAAAUAUAGCUAAGAAAAAGCACAAUGGAGUUUUAUGAGUCUACCUACUUUAUCAUCCUCAUUCCUUCUGUGGUUAUUACAGUCAUCUUCCUCUUCUUCUGGCUUUUCAUGAAAGAAACUUUAUAUGAUGAAGUCCUUGCAAAACAGAGAAGGGACCUAAAGUUUCCACCUACCAAGACUGAUAAAAAGAAAAUGGAGAAGAAGAAGAACAAGAAGAAAGAAGCUCAGAAUGGGAACAUCCACGAGUCUGACUCUGAAAGUGCACCUCGGGACUUUAAGCUCGCUGAUGCCCUGGGUACGGAUGAAGAGCAUGUUGCUCCUGUUCCCUUGAGCGUGACCGAAGCAUCUACUGGCAUUAGAGAACGGAAGAAGAAGGAGAAGAAGCAUAAGGCUGUUCAAGAUGAUCAUGUAACUAAGGAGUCGGAAGGAUCCAAGUCUUCAGGCAAGAAAGUAGAACCAGUCCCUGUUACAAAACAGCCCACUCCACCAUCUGAAUCAGCAGCAUCUAAGAAGAAGCCUGGGCAGAAGAAGCAGAAAAAUGGAAUGGAUGAUCAAGAUAGUAAGAUUGAUUCUGUUGUAUCUCCUGCCAAAAAGCAAGACCCGGUCCUGCUCCACCAAGAGAUAAAGCAAGAAAAUGUAUCGGGAAAGAAGAAAGUCUCUGCAAAGAAGCAGAAAGUUGAUAACGUUUUGGUGGAUGAACCUCUUAUUCAAGCAACUACAUAUAUUCCUUUGAUGGAUAAUUCUGACACUGGCACUUUGGAAAAGCGAGAAGUGGUUGAAGUAGCAAAACAAAACAUGAAUGAGGGGAUCCAGAAGAGCAGUGGCAAGAAACUGAAGAAUGAAACAGAUAAAGAGAAUGCUGAAGUAAAAUUUAAAGACUUUGUAAUGGCCAUGAAGAACAUGAUCUUCAGUGAAGAUGAGGCCCGUUGCAUAGUGGAGGUGUUAAAGGAAAAAUCCAGUGCAAUUCAUGAUGUCUUGCAGAAGGCUAGCAAGGCUGAGUCCGCUGCAGCUGUACAUCAGCUACAAGACAAAGAGAAAAUGCUCGCUGCGAUGAAGGAGGAGGCAGCCGUUGCAAAGGAGCAGUGCAAGCAGCUAACCCAGGAGCUGGUUGCAGAAAAGGAGAGAAACGGCUUGCUUACAGCGAAAAUGCGAGAGCGCAUCAACACGCUAGAAAAGGAGCACGGCACUUUUCAGAGUAAAAUACACGUUAGCUACCAAGAAUCUCAGCAGAUGAAGAUAAAGUUCCAGCAACUCCGUGAGCAGAUGGAGGCAGAAAUAAGCCACCUGAAGCAGGAAAACGGUAUCCUGAGAGAUGCUGUCAGUACUUCUACCAAUCAAAUGGAGAGCAAGCAGUCGGCUGAGCUGAACAAGCUGCGCCAGGAUUACGCCAGGCUGAUGAAUGAGCUGGGAGAGAAGAGCAAUAAGCUGCAGCAAGAGGAGCUCCAGAAGAAGAACGCAGAGCAGGCGGUUGCACAGCUAAAGGUCCAGCAGCAGGAUGCAGAGAGAAGAUGGGAAGAAAUCCAGGCUUAUCUCAGGAAAAGAACAGCAGAACAUGAAGCAGCACAGCAAGAUGUGCAGAAUAAGCUUGUGGCCAAAGACAAUGAAAUCCAGAGCUUGCACAGUAAACUUACUGAUACGAUGGUGUCAAAACAGCAGCUGGAGCAGAGGAUGCUGCAGUUAAUGGAGGCUGAGCAAAAGAGAGCUACUGCGGAGGACUCCAUGCAAAUGCAGGUGCAGGAGCUGAUAGAGCAGAAUGAUGCUUUGAAUGCUCAGCUUCAGAAGUUUCAUUCACAAAUGGCAGCCCAGACCUCAGCUUCAGUGCUGGCAGAAGAACUACACAAAGUGAUUGCGGAAAAGGACAAACAGAUAAAGCAGAUGGAGGACUCAUUAGGCAAUGAACAUGCCAACUUAACCAGCAAGGAGGAAGAGCUCAAGGUCUUACAGAAUAUGAACCUAUCACUGAAAUCAGAAGUACAGAAGUUACAGGCUCUGACAAAUGAACAGGCUGCUGCUGCACAUGAGCUGGAAAGGAUGCAGAAAAGCAUUCACAUCAAAGAUGACAAGAUAAGAGCUCUUGAAGAUCAGCUUCGAGAAGAGCUUGCUCAGAUUUCAAACACAAAAGAAGAAUUCAAGGUUCUCAAGGAUCAAAACGCAACUCUGCAAGCUGAAGUUCAGAAGCUGCAGACUCUCCUGUCUGAGCAGGCAAACAAAGACUUGUUAGAACAGAUGGAGAGAAGCAUGAGAGAGAGGGAUGAUAAAAUCAAGACCGUUGAAGAGCUGCUUGAGGCAGGACUCAUACAGGUGGCUAAUAAAGAGGAGGAACUGAAGGCACUGCGAACGGAAAACUCAUCCUUGAGAAAAGAACUUCAAAGUCUGCAAAUUCAGCAAUCGGAGCAGGUUUCCUUCCAAUCCCUGGUGGAAGAACUCCAGAAAGUGAUCCAUGAGAAGGAUGGAAAAAUAAAAUCAGUGGAAGAACUCCUACAAGCUGAAAUCCUUAAAGUAGCGAGCAAGGAGAAGACUGUCCAGGCUUUGACACAGGAAAUAGAGGCUCUGAAAGAAGAAGUAGGAAAUUCCCAGCUUGAGAUGGAAAAACAGGUGUCGAUUACAUCACAAGUCAAAGAACUUCAGACUCUGUUGAAGGGGAAGGAAAAGCAGGUGAAAACCAUGGAGGCCUUAUUGGAAGAGAAGGAGAAAGAGAUUGUUAAGAAAGGAGAAUGGCUGCAGGGUCAGAAGGAUACAAUUGCACAAUUAACCAGUAAAGUUCAGGAGUUAGAACAACAGAACCUGCAACAGCUCCAACAGGUACCUGCUGCAUCCCAAGUCCAGAACCUGGAGAGCCUGUUGAAAGGGGAAGAAGAACAAAUGAAGAAGUUGAAAGCUGCAGUGGAAGAAAAAGAGAGAGAAAUUGCAAGCCAAGUGAAACAGUUGCAGGACAUGCAAAAGGAGAACGAAUCUUUCAAAGCUCAAAUUCAAGAAUUAAAGCAGGAGAACUGCAAACAGGCAUCUCUGGCUGUCCAAAGCGAGGAGCUUCUGCAAGCGGUUGCAGGGAAAGAGAAGGAAAUCGCCAGUCUCCAAAAUGAGCUCGCCUCUCAGAGAAAUGCUUUUGAGCAACAGAGGAAAAAGAACAACGACCUUCGGGAGAAAAACUGGAAAGCAAUGGAAGCAUUGGCAUCAACUGAAAAAUUGCUGCAGGACAAAGUGAACAAGACUGCCAAGGAGAAGCAGCAGCAUUUGGAAGCAGUCGAGGUGGAGACGCGCCAACUACUCCAGAAGCUCUUUCCUAAAGUCUCUCUUCCUUCUAAUGUGAGUCAUAGCGAAUGGAUCUGUGGGUUUGAAAAGAUGGCUAAAGAGUACUUGAGAGAGGCUUCAGGAUCUGAAGACGUCAAGGCUAUGGAGCAGAAGUUGAAGGAGGCCGAGGAGAUGCACGUACUGCUGCAACUGGAGUGUGAGAAAUACAAAUCGGUUCUGGCGGAGACGGAGGGGAUUUUACAAAGGCUACAGAGGAGUGUGGAAGAAGAAGAAAGCAAAUGGAAGAUAAAAGUUGAAGAAUCACAGAAGGAACUUAAACAGAUGCAUUCUUCAGUUGUUUCUUUGGAGCACGAGGUAGAGAGGUUAAAGGAAGGAAUCAAAGAAGUUGAAACUCUUAAAAAAGAGAGAGAACAUUUGGAAAGUGAACUAGAAAAGGCAGAAAUAGAACGAUCUACUUAUGUUUCAGAAGUCAGAGAGCUCAAAGAUCUGUUGACUGAAUUGCAGAAAAAACUUGAUGAUUCAUAUUCUGAAGCAGUAAGACAGAAUGAAGAGUUAAAUUUGCUGAAAACACAGCUAAACGAAACACUAUCAAAACUCAAAGUUGAUCAAAACGAGAGACAGAAGGUAGCUGGUGACUUGCCCAAGGCCCAGGAGUCUUUGGCAUCUCUUGAGAGAGAAAUUGGAAAAGUUGUUGGGGAUGCCAACGUUAUUGAAAACAGCGAUGUUUGCACAGAGUCGGAAUUGACUGAUAAAAGACUAAAUGUGGCGGUGAAUCUUAACCAGGAUGUAGGUCAUCUCAAGAAGCUGCUCGUGUCAGUAAGCCAAAUGCUGUCAAAGGGACGAGAACACUACCAGCUAGUAGAAUGAAGUCACGGGGGAAUCGUUAAUUUGAGGAUAGCAGAAGGCAUUGUAUUAUAUUUUGCCAAAUUAAAGCCUUAUUUAUGUUUUCACCCUUUCUACUUCGUCAGAAACACUGAACAGAGUUUUGUCUUUUCUAAUCCUUGUUAGACUACUGAUUUAAAGAAAAAACCCCAACUCUGUAGACACCUCCAGAGUUUAGUUUUAUAAUAAAAACGAACCUGUUUGGAUAAUUAGACCUUUACAUUCCUGGAGAGACAGUAAACACAUAAUCUUUUAUCUUAUUUUGCUCAAUAAAACUUGUUCAGAAAACUCCAACGUGGUAAAGUCACCAAUGGGAUAUAACAUUUUAAUACUGAUGUUGUACACUGUUUUACUUAAUUACAUUUUUGGGAUUAGCUGCCUCUGACUUCAACCUCAAGUAAACACUCCUUUUUUUUUUUUUUCCUUUUUUUUUUUUUGGUUGCUAAUGUAAUCAGUUUUUGUAAUGGUGUCAGCAAAUAAAGGGAUGCUAUUA